AUGGCUUCACCAGAGAAAAAACAAGAUUAUCCCUUUGUAGAUAUAUUUGAUGAAGAUGAAGCUGAAAAAUCCUUUCUGUUGUCUAAACCUACAUGCUUAAUUAUCCUUGGAAAGCCAGGUACUGGGAAGAAAACAUUAGCUAGAAAAAUAGCUCAGUUAUGGAAAUGCACACUCAUUGAAGCUUUGGAAGUAAUAGAAGAAAAUAUUACUGCAGGAACAGAAUAUGGACUUAAGAUGCAGGAAUUGCUUUUUGGAGGUCAAAGUAUUCCUGAAGAAGUGAUUACAAAGAUGAUUCUGAAAAAGAUUGAGUCACCAGAAGUUGCUCACUUUGGUUAUGUUCUCAGUGGAUUUCCUUCUCUCUCAGAGGAAUACAUGACUAUUUCGGAGCAAAUAGAGAAAAUUAGAAAUCUAAAAUUAAAACCAAAUUUCCUGAUUAACCUUAAGUGUCCUGACUAUGAUUUGUGCCAAAGACUCUCUGGGCAAAGACAGCAUCCUGAUGCAGGGCAGAUAUACCAAAGGAACCAGUGGGAUCCUGAAAUUAUUGACAAACGGAAGAAAAAGAAGGAUCAACAUAAAGGAGAAGAGGAGGAAGAGGAAGAGGAGGAAGAGCAGGAAGAAGAAGAUGAGGCAGCAGCAGAUGCAAUCAUGUUGUCAGAUAUUUUGCCUCAUUUGGUGCAGAGGCCUGAAGAUUUUUUGGAAAAUGCAGAAGCCAGGAUUCAUCUCUAUAAGGAUACCAUGCUAUAUCCUCUAGAGGACAUGAUGGCUGAGCAAGAUUCUCAGUAUCUUAUUGAACUGGAUGGAAAUAAGCACCCAAAUGAGCUCUUUGCAGUAAUGAUAGCCCGGCUUCAAUCCAUGGGCCUUCGAAAUGGAGCUCUUAUAACCAGACUUCAAAACCCAGAAGAAGAGCUCUCAGAGGGGAUGGAAACUGAUGAACUUUUCCGGACUCUUUCAUCCUUCAAAAUAAUAGCACCUAGAUACCGAUGGUGUAGAAGCAGGUGGGGUCGAGCAUGUCCUGUAGCUUUAAAAGAGGGUAACAUUGUAAUGGGGCUUCCAGAUUUAGCUGUCAGUUUCCUAGGUAAAAUGUAUUUAUUUUCAUCUCAAGAAGCAUUGAGAGAAUUUAUGUUGAAUCCACGUCCCUAUCUGCUACCACCUAUGCCACUUCCUCCUUGUAAAGUAGUAGUAUUUGGACCUCCAUUGUCUGGAAAAACAACUCUUUGUAACUGGAUUGCAAACAAAUAUAAAGGAAAGGUUCUUGAUAUGGACAAACUUAUUCAACCAUGUAUGGAAGAAGCAAGGAAAAAAAUCAUUGAGCAAGCUCGUAUUGAUGCAAUAGAUGUUGCAAUUACAAAAGUGAAAAAUAAGCUGGAAAUAGAAAAAAUGUUAAAAGAGCAAGCUGCAAUAGAUGCCCAAGAAACUGGUAGUUACAAAGAAACAGAUGAAUAUGAAGAAAGUGAGGCCACUAAGCCUGAGGAAGAAAGAAGCAUGGAAGAGCAGAGUAGAGAUACAAGAUCUGACACCAGCAAAGAAAAGGCUGACAAUUCUUCAGAACAAGAAGCUGAAUCAUCAGUGGAUACUAAAGACACCACUGAGGGUACUUCCACGUCCAGAACCGAUGGAGAAGGAACCACAGAAGAACUAAAUGAAGAUACAUCAAUAAAUACAUCAGAGUCAGAGGUAACUGCUGAUCACCCAGAAGUUCAAGCUUUGGUAGAAGAAGCUGUAAAAAUUGCAGCACAAUCUCCAAUAAUGCUACCGGCUGAAGUAUAUGCUGAAGUAUUAGAGGAAGCCAUUACAGAGCUCACUAAGAAGAACAAAGACAGGUUUCCUGGGGCUCCAGAAAAAGGAGGAUGGGUACUGGAUAACUAUCCUACAACAUCAGAGCAUUGGUUAGUCUUGUCAGAAAAAGGCCUCUUACCUGACACUGUCGUCUGUCUUAAGAAUAUAGAAAAAAAUGGAAUAUUUUUACUACGCAGACUGUACCUAACAAAUAAAGAUGAAAUUAAUUCUAAGAUUUUGGAAAGACUUACAGAUGAAGCAUUAAAAAAGCAAAAAGAGGAGGAAGAAACAAGGAGAGAACUGCAAGAGGUCCUGAAAUUAAAAGAAGAAAAUCAGCAACCUGUAAAGCCUGCUGAAGACAAAUAUGAAAGUAGUGGGCCCCUGAAGGAGAGGCAGAAAUGCCUUGCAGAAUACGAGGAAGUGGAAGAGCACUCUCCACUUGAAACAGAACAAACUGCUCAGAUGCAAUCCGUUGAUUCCAAAGAGGAACCUAAACUGAAAGAAAUGGUAGAAUCAGAGAGUCACCUUGAAACAAAACAAAUAUCUCAGGAACAGUCUGAUUCCAGUGAGGUUCAAAAACCUGAACCUAAACUUGAAUCAGAAUCAGGAGACAAACCUCCACUUGAAACAGAAGUAAUACCUCAGGUACAACCUGACCGCACCAAAGGGGUUGUGGAAGAGGGAGAAACAGUAACAGGAAACUUGGAAAUGGCAGAGAUGCUUAAUGACUUCUUUGUUUCGAUGCAUUUUCUUCUCAAAAUCAUUUUGAUUUGCUCAGAAAUCAUGUUACCUGAGUUUCCAGAGGAUGGUUUCCCAGAUGUACCAGAAAUAGAGCCAUUUAAAGAGAAGAUUAAGCUAUUCAUGCACGACUGGCAAAUACUAGAGCCAGGGAUCAAUGAUUCAUCUUUAAUUCAGACUGCUGUUUUAGAGAUUGCUGGGCAAACUCCAGAAACACUGCUUAAUCAAAUUGUCCUGGUGAUGGAAAAACCUUUUAAAUAUUAUGGUUGGGAAAUAUCUGCAGAAGAUCUAGAUGAAGAAGCAGACGAUUUGCAGGCAGAAGGGGAGGCUGAUGAAGAAUUAGAAGAGGAAGAGCAAGAAGAAAAUGAUGAAGAUGAAGAUAAAAUUAAUGAAAAGAAGAGACACAUGGGAGACACCAAACACUUUUGUCCAGUGAGUCUGAAGGAGAACUUUGUCCUUUUCCCAGGGAUUGCUGAACAUGGAGCUAUAUAUCGAGAAAAAUUUUACUAUUUUUCAAGUCCUGAGUCCAGAGAAAAGUUUUUGGAGAACCCUGAGGAGUAUGUUGCUCACAAGGAACCAUUACAAGCUCCUCCCUUAAGACUGUGCCUGCUGGGCACACAUGGAGCAGGUAAAACUAUCUGUGGCCGAUGGCUAGCUGACAAAUUAGGAAUUUUCCAUAUUCAGUUCGAAGAACGUCUACAGGAAAUGAUCAUGCCCAAAACUGAAAAGAGAGUUGGACUUGAAUUUGACGAGGAACCUGAGGAAGAUCAGAUUGACAUGGAAGCUCUCUUUCAGGAAUUGGGAGACACCUCUCAGACUAAUACAGAAACUGAAAGUGAAAGUGCACAUGAAAAUGAAAGUAACAAAAAUAAAGAGAUGAAGGAAGUGGUGUUAACUGAUGAGGAAGAAAUAAUCAAAGCGAACAUAGUAGAUAAUGAGGCAUUGACACCAGAAGUGCUUGAUAAAAUUGUUCCUGAGUGGUGGACAAAGGAGCCAAUCCGAUCCACAGGAUUUAUACUGGAUGGUUUCCCUCGUACAUUUGAGGAGGCCCAGUACUUAUCAGAGCAAGGACUCUGUCCUGAUGUUGCAGUUUUUAUCCAAGUGGAAGAAAGUGACAUUUCUGAUCGUCUUCUUCCUCCACGUUUGAAAAAAUGGAGGGAUAGACAAAAUAAAAAAAUGGAAAAUAAGAAGAAGCUGAAAGACAUGAAAGAAAAAAUAAAGGUAGAGAAGAUUGCCAAAAGAAGGGCAGAACUGUUAGCAGAGCAAGCCAAAAAGAAAGAGGAGGCUGCAGCAUAUAGGGAAGAGGAGGAGGCUAGUGACGAAGAGGAUGAAGAUGAAGAAGAAGAUAUUGAAAUGAUUCUUGAAGAAGAGUUCCCAAAAGAGGAAGAGGUAGAUGAGGAGGAGGAAGAGCAGGAGGCUGAUGCUGCUGAACGCAUGAAAAACGAAAUUACAGAAAAGUAUGAAACAGAUAGUAAUAAUUUACAAGGAGUACAGGAAGAACUUGAAAGGUUGCUGAUACCACAAAUCACCAUCAAUGGAGGGCGAAAACCUCACAUUGUACGUUACCAAUUGUAUAGCAAGUUGAAGCAUCUAGUAGAAAAUCGAGAAAGCAUUUUUGAGAAAUGUUACCCAAUAAGUUUGCCACUUGCACGCAAGAUGUUGGUUCUCUCUUAUAAACAUCCCAGUUCUUUUGGUCAAUGGGACCCAAUCAAGCUAAGUGAAGGAGAUGUAAUCAAGCCUUUCCAAAACCAACAGACUCCAAGCUUGCCUGUAAUCCACCGACAAUAUAUUUAUUUCUUUUCAAGUAAAGAAAAUAAAGAAAAAUUUAUGAAAAAUCCUAUUAAAUUUAUCCGUCAGCCAAAACCCAAGCCAUCUGUUCCAGUUAAGAUAGCAAUUGUGGGACCUCCAAAAUCUGGGAAAACUACAGUUGCUAAGAAGUUUGCAAGUGUCUAUGGGCUAAUGCGCUUAUCUGUGGGAGAUGCUAUACGACUAGUGUUAAACAAUCAGCCAGAGAGCGAGUUGGCACUUAUGUUAAAGUGGCAUCUUCAUAAAGGACUGACUGCACCUGAUGAACUGGCCAUCCAGGCUCUAGAAGUGGCUCUGAUGGAUCAUGUGUGCAGCACUGCUGGAGUUGUUAUUGAUGGGUAUCCUGUAACAAGAAAACAAGUAAGCAUCUUGGAAACAAUGAGAAUAAUUCCAGUGAAAAUCUUUGAGUUACAAGUGGAUGCAAAGGAGCUUUUUAGAAGAGCACUGAUAGACAAGGAAAGCACUGACAGUCCACCUUAUCCUAUACAUGACAGCUCACAGAUUCUAGCUAUUCAGAACUCCUGCUAUAAAAAGCAAAUUGAUGCUAUUAGGACUUACUAUGAGAAGGAACAUCAGAACUGGUGUGUGGUUGAUGCAUUCCGCAGCAAGUGGUGGGUCUGGAACAAAAUAUUUGAGGAAGUUCAGGUGAUCAUUAAACAGAUCCAGACAUAUUUGGAAAGAAUAAGAGAAGGGAAAGCAGCCAGUAUUGCUGAUUUAUGUAUCACACCCCAAGAGCUGCAGUCUCGGCUGGGAGAGUUUGGACAAUAUUGUCCUGUCAGCCUCGCAAAAAAGGGUGAACUGGUUGACUGCUCUGUAACCUCAUCAUUGCAGUCUGCAGCAGAGUUUCGAGGACACUAUUACAAAAUGGCUUCACAGGCGGAAUUGAAUGAAUUCUUGAAUGCACCAGAGUUGUAUGUGCCACCAUUAGCACCUCAUCCUCUUCCCUCACCAGAUAUGCUACCAAAGAAACUGACAAUGGCAGAAGUGAAGGCCUUAUUCCCUAAAAAGGCUGAAAUGCAAGGAUACUGUCCAGUCACUUACCUAGAUGGAAAACAAAGAUACGAAGCCUUGGUACCUGGCACCAUUGAGUAUGCUGUGGAAUAUCGAGAUAAGCUAUAUAUUUUUGAAAGUGAAGAAAAACUCCAGAAGUUUAUGAGGUUACCAGAAAAGUACUGGAAUCAGAAGCUUCCACAUAAACUCCCUCCGAUAAAGGAACCAGUUCUACUUACUGCUCUUCCCCUGACUGGAUAUCUUGAACAGGGGAUAGCAACUGCUCUAAUAAAAGCUAUGAAUGAAGUGGGCUGUUUAAAGCCAAAGUUUCCGUUCUUAAGUGUAAAAAAAACUGCUCUGCUGUUUGUGGCCUAUCAUUUAAAAGCUUACAACCCCAGGAGCUCAGAAUAUGUACGAAAAAAGUACAAGAGGAAACUGGAGCAGUUCAUAGAUCACUGUGACCUCAUCCCCUAUUUGGGUACCAAAAUGACGCGUAAAUACAAAGAACCUCAAAAUAGACCUAUUGACUUUGAUCACAAAUUACGGAUGUUUUUGUGUCUUAAAGAUGUAGAUCCAACCUCUGGUUAG